CUCAACAAUGAACUUAAUUGAACGCGAAGUGUCGCCGAGAGCUUAGCAAUGGUUGGCAAAUAUUCGCACAUUUUCGUCUUGCUUGUGGCGCUCAGCACGGCCCAGGGCCUGCAAGUCCUGGAAGUGGGUUCAGACCUCAUACAGAAUAUCAUUAGCCAGAUAUUGCCCACUAUUAAGAAAUACUUCAAUCCCUUAUCGGACACUGCAGCCGACAUUGUUGACGCACUCCUCAAGGAUCUGAACAACAAAACGGGCACGUACCUGCUCAAGUCCUCCAGUGCCUUCCAGAACUUGAGGGAUAUUAUCAGGACCCUACAGCCGCGUCUCAAGGACAUUGGACAGGACCUUGCUAGCUGCGUCGUGAAGGAGAAGGGGGAGAUAUUGGACAUCAUAAACGCAGCAGAGAAGGAGACGGAGGUUUGUGCACGUGGACUUGUUGCAGAGAUAAAGCCGCUAGCCAUCAACAUCUCGCAUACAGUUACAGAAAUACAGGCUGUAGCAAUUCAACUGAACCCAAUCAUUACCGACUGUGUGACAUCCAACGCAGUCAAUCCCGUAGCUCUGUCCAGAUGCUUAUCCAAGCUUAUAGCGCCAGCGUUCAAUGGACUAUCCAAAAUCGCCGUGAAGGCCAAGAACGACUUCCGGAGAUAUGAGCAAGAGAACAGCAAUCUUCAGGCCCAGUUGCAGCAAUGUAGCACUCAGUUUCGGGAGACUGUAGCCAGUGUACAGACUCUUGUACAGGAAGUUCGCCAAUGCAUAAACAAAUGGGAGCAAAGUGAUUCUUCUUAGAACUGCCUUGCAGUAACAAGUUUGAAACUUCUGCGAUAUGAUGCCGUGAAGUCCGUCGAAAAUGAACAGACGUUUUGGAGGUAUAUGUCCCAUUCAACGUUAGAGCCGAGAAAUCAACUUGAGGCAGACCCUGCUUGCUGCCUGCUUCACGCUGGUUUCUUACUUCGUUUGUUCUUAGGCGCUGAACAUGAGUCGACACAAACCUCCAAAACGUCUGUCGAAUUUUAAACGAUUACGUGACGUCAUAUCCCCGAAGAUAUAAUUAUUCAUAACCACCUCGGUGAGAACCUCAAAUCAUCAAUGUGAAACUAUGCUGUAGACUUAACACUCACAGAUAAUCGGAAAUUUGCGUCCUGAAAUCACAGUGACUAUUUCAAAAACUACAGUCGUCACAAGAUGGCACGAAAGUAAAUAUGUACAGAAACAGUUUUAAGGUAUCUGAAACAUUUUUAAUGAACAAUGCAAAAUUACACCUCUAUAAAUUGAAUUGGAAACAUAUUUUCGAAAACAAAAAUUCCUCGAUUUUAUGAAAAAAGUAUUCGAACAUUAGCACAGAACAGCUACAAAGAAAUGAACCUGGUGUCGCAGAACACGUUAACAGAUGAGAGUUUAUCAGUGUCAAUAUUUUUCAGCAGGUUGAAGCACUGCAGACAGAAAUAACAGCUGCGGUGAUAGGAAACACUGCAAUUGCAGAGACUUUCAAUUUCUUUUCCACCAAAAGUGACAUUGGAUACACAAGUAUCACAUAUUGAACGUUCUUAAGCUAGUAAAUUCUCCAGUUCCUUGUUAGUGUUAUGACGUCAGAACCGGCGUUGUAAGUGCAACUAAUCAAUAAAUAUAUUUUUCUCAUGUACCAUA